AUGGUUUUCGCACGUGGCGAUGUCUCCGGCCACGACGAUCAAACGCUAGAGCAUCAAGUUUCCGCGCGAAAUAUCACAGUAGUCUCAUGGGACAACGAUGACGACCCUGACAAUCCAUACAACUGGUCCCUUUCUCAAAAAUGGACCCUAACAGCCCUGGCGGCAUUCACGACAUUUAUCACCAUGAUGAACGGCACGAUCAUAACGGUCGCCCACGAGGCAAUUAACCAAGAGUUUAAUAUCUCAGAUGCCUCUUUUCCGCACUCGUACUGGCCCGUUACAUCUUGGGCUGUUGGCGGCGGCUGCUUCUCUCUCCUCAUCUUACCGCUGAUGGAAGACUUUGGCGUGAGAUGGGUUUUCCUAUCCACAUACCUCUGUUUCAUCUGUUUCGUUAUUCCUCAGGCGCUGGCGCAGAACUUUGCUACGCUUGUUGUAACGCGAUUCUUUGCUGGAGGGUGCGUUGCCAUCCUCGCGAAUACAUCGGCUACGGUUAUUGGGAAUGUGUGGGAUAGCGAGAAAGCGCGCAAUGUCCCCGUCAGCCUUUAUAUUGUCACCUAUCUCGCCGGAAGCAGUAUCGGACCUGUGAUCGGGGCUCCUAUCUACCAAUAUCUUUCGUGGAGGUGGAUCGGUUAUCUACAGCUAAUCUGGUAUGGCGCUCUCUUGCCGGUAUAUUUCUUUUUAUUCAAAGAAUGCCGUGGUAUUGCCAUCCUGGCGCAACGAGCGAAGGCUUUGAGGAAGGAGGGCAAGUUGGCGUAUACCCAGCACGAAAUUGACAUGGAGGGAACGUCGAUGAUGAGGAUCGUGGCUCGAAGCGCCACAAGGCCUAUUGUGCUUUUCUUCACCGAGUCGGUGGUCUUCGUCUCAACGCUCUGGUCCGCCUUCACCGUUGGAACACUCUAUCUGUUCACACAGUCAGUCGAACAGGUCUUCGCAGGACUUUAUGGCUGGACACCCGCACAAGCCGGCUACGUCCAGAAGACUAUACUUCAACUCGGCGUCUCGAAACACGGAAGUCCCCGUACACCCAUCCCCGAGGCUAGACUAUACCUCGCCAUAGUGGGCGGAAUGAUUGGCAUCUCAGGAGGAAUGUUCACAUACGCCUGGACCUCCUAUCCUAACCUCCCCUGGAUUGCCCCGGCGGUCGGCCUCGCAAUGGUGGGCGCAGGUAGUGUGAUCGUAGUGACGGGAAUCUCGGACUACGUCGUGGAUGCUUACAGCAAGUACGCGGCCUCGGCCAUUGGUAUCAUCGCCGCGGGCGAGAACACGUUCUCGGCCUUUCUACCCCUGGCUGCUAUGAGUAUGUACUCGACUCUUGGCUAUAACUGGGCCAGUACGCUUCUUGCGUUUAUCUCGUUAGCGUUGUCUCUUGCGCCCAUUCUUUUUGUGGUGUGGGGUAAGGAGAUUCGGGCAAGAAGUCCGUUCAUGAAAGAAGCCAUGUUGGAAAAGAGGAGGAAGAGUAUUGACUCGGUUUGA